AUGUAUCGAGCGUGUAUCAGUGCGACAACAUAUUGGAGAUAUCCUGACAAUACACAUGGAAUUGGUAGAAAUGGGUCUGGCAUAGACAAUCAUUUACUUGACAUAGUGAUGAGCAAACACCUUCUGCCAUCGUAUGACAGUUGUGUUGCUACAAUUUUUGCAGGAAUUAAGGACUUUGAGCAGGCAGACUCUAGAUAUGUGACCAACAAAAUUUUCGAAGAAGAAAUGCGUCAAGAAAACAAAUCUAAGGAUGCGAAUAUUACAUUCCCCAGAAAAUAUUGCUCAAACUGUAAGAAACCAGGACAUCUGAUGGAGGAAAGUUAUGGCAUGGGUAGUGGUAAAGAAGGACAAGGGCCACGGCAGAUUGCUAGAAGAAAGAAACAGGAAGCUGAGCGGAAAAUAGGAAAAAACCCCUCAGAAGAUGGUGCACAGGUAGUCGAGCAAGAUAUCUUCUAUUAUAGUCACAUGGCUCUGGAAAAAGAAACUCCCGCUGAAUAUACUCACUUAACUUCUUACUCUUGGUCUCAUGAUUCUUGGAUAGCAGACUCCGAUGCCAGUGCUCAUAUUGCGAAUAGACUAGAAAUUUUCGUCCCAUUCACACUAAGCAAUGUAGUUUGA